GUUGCUAUAAAGUUCAGCCAUGAUGAUUAGCUUCAAAAUAAUGUUGACAAUAUGUCCACUGCUUGUUGACUCACUGAAAUGCUAUGUAGGUGAGCAUGGCGAACCAUUGGAUGAAGUGGAGGUAGAUCCCAAGAAGAAGAUGUGCCGCUUUGCUCCAAGAAAUUUCUGUGUUUCCAAUAGGGAACAAACGAAAUACACCAUUGAGGAUUACGACAAAUCUCUCGUGAAUACAUGCCGCACUUAUGGCAAAAUGGAAAAUUAUUGUUACUGCGCUAAGGAGUUGUGCAACGGACACUAUGCCAUGCUAAAACAGAUGUUCAUUAAAACAACUAACGCCAGCGGAGAUACUCGUGAAUGUAUAUUGAAAUACAUGUCUCAAUUUCUGAAUUAUGAGGAUGAGAGAGAAAGAAGAAGAAAAGAAGAAGAAGGCGAAGAAACAACUGAUGAAGCACCACCAGAAGAGUUUGUUUCCACUGAUGAGCUCAACUCUCUCACUACUCCAGUGUCUACAGGUGCCGAGACCAUCAAAUGCUAUGAGGGAGUUUUUGGAGGCGAACUCAAAAUCGUGGAAGUGAAUUCAAAGAAGCACAUGUGCAGAUAUGAACCAAGAAAUAUUUGUGAGCCAUACAAAGACUCAAAAUACGGAACUGCACCUUAUGAUCCAGCAUAUGAAAACAAAUGUCGGGAAGUUGAAAAAUGGCCUUACUGCUACUGCACAACUGAUCUUUGUAACGGAAAUUACAACUUUAUGAAGGAUCUCUGGUCGAAAAGUGAGAUUGAAGACGAAAGAGUUCAUGAAUGUGUAAACACAUAUUUUAUCAACAUGAUAAAAUCUUUUCAAAACGCCUCACACUACCAAGAAGAAGUGGCAAAAAUGACCACGAUAGAAUAUGAACCAGACGAGGAGAAUUUCAACGGAGCUUCGAAAGAUAAUUCAGAAUCGGAAGCGGAAUCUACAGAGCCUGGACCGGGACAAUCCGAAGCUGGAGCAGUACCGCAGGAACCGGAACCUGGAUCGGAGUCUAAAUCGGAGGAAGGGCAGACAACUUCAACCACUUCUUCCGGCGAAUUAGUGGUAAUCAGAGAUGACAAGGCAGAUAAAAACCUGGACGUACAGGGGAAGGAGUUUGACGCCUCCAAAAAAGGGCCGAAGAAAAGGAAAUACAAUUGGAGCUGGUUCAUAAUUCUUGCUGUAAUCGCUGGAAUACUGGUUUUUAUAGUAAUACCGGUAUUACUCGUUCUGAUAGCAUUGAAGUAUAGACGUGUAAAUAGAGCAGCGCAUCGAGGAAAGAAAGCACCAAGAAUGAAGUAUUGAAGAUUGAAGUAGCUAUACUACAAUGUGUCACAAGAGUAAAAUAGCAAAUAAUUACUGGUAUGUUGUAGAAAAGAAUGCAAUAAAGAGGUG